AUGGGCAAGAAUCAAAGCAAAGAACAGAAAGAACAAAUCAUUAUUGCACAAUCAGGUGCAAAUGCUUCUGGUGUAGAAGCUCGGUUAAGUCAGUUCAGUAUCACCAUUUCAGUUAUAUUGGUAAUUUUAGCAAUAAUCAUUGCGUACUUCGUUUGUAAAAAGUGUCAUAAACGCACCAAGAGUUGGGUACAACGACAGGUGAUGGCUAUCACGUCACAGCAACGUGAACAAGGUACUAUUACGCCUUCUUUACCAUCGGUACAUUCAGUACCCAAAGUUAAAAUUCUUCAUUUUAGAGCGAGAGUUGGUAAUGUUAUUACCAUGGGCAAGAAUCAAAGCAAAGAACAGAAAGAACAAAUCAUUAUUGCACAAUCAGGUGCAAAUGCUUCUGGUGUAGAAGCUCGGUUAAGUCAGUUCAGUAUCACCAUUUCAGUUAUAUUGGUAAUUUUAGCAAUAAUCAUUGCGUACUUCGUUUGUAAAAAGUGUCAUAAACGCACCAAGAGUUGGGUACAACGACAGGUGAUGGCUAUCACGUCACAGCAACGUGAACAAGGUACUAUUACGCCUUCUUUACCAUCGGUACAUUCAGUACCCAAAGUUAAAAUUGUAAGUGUAUAA